AGACCUCCUGAGGGCAGGAGCCAGCCCAGCUCGUCUGUGGCCGCGGAGGCAGAGCACAGGGCUUCUUCACCGCAGAAGACAGCGAACAGACGAAACUGCUGCAGAGGCAGCUUAAAGAUGAACGCUCCCAAAGAAGUUCAGCCUACAGGAGAGUUCACAUGUCAGCUCUGCAGCUUAACAGCUCCGUACACGUACUACGGGCAGAAGCCACCAAACCCACACUCUAUUGUAAUUCUAAAUGUAAAUGUGGUUUAAUGAGACUGGAACUCAAGCAGUGCCAUUUUGUAUAUCCUGCUAAUAAUACUAUUUUCUUUACAGGAAUGUAGUCUCUUCUACUCCAAAAGGUUCUGCCUCCCCUGUGUGAAUGAAAACCUAAAGGCCUUUCCUUUGGAAAUACAAGAAGAUAUGGGUAAAAGAAAGCCUCAACAAAAAUCCUUCCCCUGUAAAAAAAUGGAUAGAAGAACAUAAAUACUGAAGGACCAAGAGAGACAGUUCUUUGGGUGGGGUUUCUCCACUCUCCUUUUGGAGACUUAUCAUGUUGCUCCUUUUAAAGGAGCAAUAAUAACCUCCCUCAGCUCACUCCUACAGAACACAGCAACGCAUUUCCUUACAACAGGCUUGGCUUCAGGCAUCACCACACAGCCGCUGCGGUGCCAGCCGUACGGCCGCGAGGUGUGGAAGAGCCAGAAGGACAGACAGACGGGCCUCUUGUCACCACGGAAAAUGCACGGAGGAAAAAAUGAAACAGCCUAUAGCAUAGGAACCACGUCCAGGUUUUCACAUUUGUUAUUUUCACGAUUUGUAUUGUUCUUGAACACUCCUGCAGCGUUAGGAAAACCAGAGACAGACUUAUCUGGCUUAGUUCCUUAUGCAUCCAAGAAAGUAUAAACCAAUUGUUAACCUGACAGUGCUGUCCUGGUAGGAUUACAGGAGGCAAGGAAUUCCAAGCUUUAUUUUGGUCUGUUACAAGUCACAGAUACCCAUAGAAGUAUCUAGAUUCUUCAAAAUUAUAAUCUCAACAGUGUGACAGUAUUAAGACUUCUGAAGGUAGGUGCUCUUCUAAUACCAAUAUAAUAAUAAUACUACUUAGAAUUCACUUGCAGUCCCUUUCACUCAGUCUUGCAGUCCAUGUCAAUACAGCCACAGGAGAGCACCAUUAACACACCUAGCUUAUGCUUUACAAGUAGAUAUGACUUCCUUUUCACUUACACAUCAGUUAAUAAGCUCAAUGCCUUCCUGAACUGGGCAGUUAAACUGCAGCUAGAGUAGGGAUUUCAGAAACAUAGUUUUAGUCAAAAAAGGGUAAAAGAAUUGUUAGAGCAACAGCAGUUUUAGAUCAAAAAUUAGCUCUCAAUUAUCUGUGUUGACUUUGUUGUAAAUACAAGGAAGAUUUAGGUGGCAUUUAUGUAAAACCACUUAGUCACACACCUGAAGGAUAUGUCUAGAAUGCUCCUAAUCACCACAUCACAUUAUUUACUCAAGCUUUUUUUGGUCAUUGGUUCAGAACCUGUUAAUGCCUUGGUUAAUACCUCCUGUCUUCUCAACACUUCCAUCCUUGUAAUUUGUCCUGUGUCAACAUGGAAACUUUAGUAGAACAAACCAUGUGUCUGUUAAAAGAAAUCAACAUUACUUCAAUGAGUUUUAGUUCUUUAGGAUGUUUGAGUGUCCUAAAAUUUUUCUAUUUUUUUUCUGAGCCUAGGAUAUUGGUGUCCUCUGCUGAGGACUGGAAUUUCUUGCAGUUACUAGAGGAGCAAUAAUGGACCUGUUAGUACCCUUUUCAAGCUCUAGGUGCUUUGAAGACAGAGUACACAGACAUCUUUAAUUGUGGACAAAAAGAUACAUGUUAGAAGUCAACACUUUGGAUACCUUUUUGCAGUAAAGAGACUACAUUUUCAAAGAAAGUGAUAUUAAACUUAUUUAAAAUGGGUGGUAUUAAAUUUCAGUUUCGUAUUAGACACACCAACUUAAAAAAGCUGUAGUGUAUCUAUCUGCUCUGUACAAAUAACAGAGGCACACCCUAUGCUAAAAGCACAACUGUAAAGAGAACAAGAGAGAAUCACAGUACCUUUCCAUCUUAAAACUAGUCUCACAAUCAAGCUGACAAAAAGCAUCAUAGUUGUGUGAGAUCACAUACUGUGUUUAUACCAGUAAGUGUCUUUCUAAAACUUUUUCAUUUCCUGUAUUCCACAAUGUUUGCAAGAGGUUGUAUCUUAGCUCUUAGCUUGAAAGCAGGUCUCAGAAGCCUGGCUAGUGAAGUUCCCAUCUGAAUGAGAACAUGCCUUUUGGUUUUAUGACGUGCAAGUCUGUCUUGAGACUGGGACAUGCACCUGCUAACAGGCUGGGAAGCAUUAGUGUCUCUGAGCUGUUUUCCUCCUUUUCAACCUCUUCUGUCCCCUUUAAGAAAAAUGCAGUUAACUUAUUUAUUUAUAAUCAUUAUCUUUGCCAUCAUAUGAUAGAACCACCAUUUAAAGCCCUCAGCAACGACCCUACCUUUAAGUACUUGUUCAGUUGAACUGGAGGGGGCAUAGACUCAGUAUUAAAAGGGAGCAGAAUCUGUCACUACACAAUUUUUAAUUUGGCCUAGCCCAGCUCAUUUAUUUAUCUGGAGUACAACAGAAAAAGCUAAGUUAAGGAUACGUCUCUGCUUCACAGUCACCUGGUUACACGUACCUCUUUGGUGAUGAAAACUGUACUUCUAGCAAGUACCACUAAGUAGUUCAGUAGCCCAGUGCUGUCAGGUGUGCUCUGUCACCUCUGGUCCACACUUCAGAAGGCGGUGGCUGACCUACAUACAGUUGGAUAUUUCCUGGAAUAACAAAGGAUUAUUAUCUGUGCCCAGCUGUUAAAACUUGUGUAUUCCACAUUCUCAUAUUCCCACUGAACGUGAGCAUGAUGGUCUCUGUACCAUAAUGUUUUGGUGUCUCUUGAUUUCACAGACCAAAUGCCAUCACGCCCAAACUUAAUACCCUUGAGGCCUACACCUCAAGAUGUGCACAGCCUUCACAGUUUGGUUUCAUCAGGUUCUCCGAGCACUUUCUGCUGCUCAGAAAUCAGGCUUCAGUGCUGCUGAGCACAGCCAAUGAAGAAACGUGAUUAUCCUCUGCUGUAAUUUUUGCUUUAGCACUCUUUUACCAGCUUAAUAACUCCCCAGAGUCUCAAAGGAAAACAAUUAUCUGUGACAUAUCCUCCCAAACUGAUUGAAUUGAAGCCACGCUCAUCAAAUCAGUUAGUAUGUUCCGUGUCAUGUAGAAGUGAAUUCAGUGCUUGUUGAGUUCAACAAAUGUCUCAAGCUGGUCAUACAGGCAACGGGGAUGGAAGGACCAGCGGGAUGGUGGGUCAGCAAACAAACUGAUGAAAUACAGAUAUCUAUUAUAUAUACACAACAUAUACAUACACGUUACACAUUCCUCAUUUAAAAGGUGUGCCUAGCAGUAAAUCCGUAAGCAUCAGCACUUUAAUGAUGCUUCAAAUACCGUUCCACCUUUAAAACAUCCUUGCAAUAGGCACAUCUUACUAUGUAGUAAACAUACUUAAUACAAUUUGUUAACAGAUACUUGAUGCUAACCCAGAAAAAUCUGGGCACCAAUCCCACCAAAGGUUGCUUAAUCCACUCCUGUUCACGACUAAAAAUCAGCACGAUUACUCCCUGGUAUAAAGUUAAGCAGCUAAGUGUUUUCUGAAGCAGGGCUUUGUAUACCAAAUUAAGGCAAAUCAGGUUAAGGCAAAAUCAUUCAAGUUCUUAAUUACACUAGAGCAGCACAAAACACACGUUCAGGCCACUGGUACUAUCGCAGCGGGAGCAACGGGUGUCACCGUUCCCAGGCCCAGGCCCUGCUUCUGCAAACAUUGACACAGGCUAUCAGUUGAGAUUGUAAGUGGUUGUACAAGAGCACAGAACAGAACUACUUGCGUGUACAUAAAAGUUACUCGUGCGUGCACGGUCCCUGAGUGAGGGACUCGGUCAGGACUUGGCAGCUGCUCUGGAUAACGUACAAGAGGCAGCCACCAGAGGGGAAGAGGUAGGUUUGUCUCAGAAUCAUGACAUUACAGUCUUUCCUGGAAAUAAAAGAUCAGCACAAGUCAUUAAAUUCAAUUUUAAAAAUACUUUAUUUUUUUUUUUAAACCAUUAAGGCAAAGCCAUAUUUCAAAUUAACUGUGUUUACAUUCAAUCUUAAAGGAUGAUUUUUUUUUUUUUUUUAAAGCACAUAGGUUCCUACCAGUCCCUCUACAAACACUAUGAAUUCAACCUCUUAUUAUUAAAGGAAAUGGAAAAAAAUCAGAACGUAAAAAAAGAAUAAAAAUGUUUAGUUCAAGUUUUUUCAUCCUAGAUCAGUAGGCUGGUAACAUUUGAGAAGGCAUCGUCAUAUUUCGAUAUAUGUAAUUUUGACAUUUGCAAGUGCAAGAGACUUUGUCUUUCCUACAAACCCCUGUGAGAGCAGGCUUCCAUUCUUUCUUGAAAAUGUCAUUUGCACUAUUCUGACAGAAAGAAACUUGGGAACUUGGCUUGAAUUAGUGGUAUUUUACUGGGAAGCAACCAUUCCAUGAGAAUUAGGUUUGACUACUUCCUACAAGAAAUGUCUGCUCUUUGUAAAUUCCAUACCCAAAAACUCCUAAAAACAUAGGUGACUGGAAACAAUUACCUGUGUUUUUGUUUGUUUUUUUGGUUUUUUUUUUUUUCUCUUUAAUAUUGAUAUCUUGAUUUAAUUAAACACUUGUUAACUCUAGUGAUUAGGGUUUGGCAACGUUAACGAAAACGUGCCUUUUUUUGUGUCAUAUCAGAUAACAAGACAAUUUGAGACGUGAUAAAAGGCUUUAACAUCACGAUGUAAUAACACUGUUGUGUUACAUCCCUAAAGAAAAUUCAGAGCAAUCGUUUGUAAAAGCUGUGAAAUAGCAGGAGCAAUAUGAAAUGCAGCUCAUCUGGGAAGCUGUCAAGACAGUUUGGGGCAGGGGGUUCCUCGUUAAAAUCCAUCAUAUUAAAACAGUUAGAUUUGUUGUUGCUAAUGGAAUAACUGAAGCCAUCGAUGCUCUUCCACUUCUGAAGCUUCUGAAAGAGGGGAAGUAUUUGUGAAAUAGCUCCCGAGAUGGCGCCAUGGCUUCACCCUAUCCCACAGGAUUCAUUUCCCAGGGGAGAGGGCUGAAGGGUUGGAUCAGAGGCAGCUCCCUCCCGCUGCCUGCAAAAACAAAACAAUAAAACCACGACAGGGAAGGCACCUGCCACAAUGGUGCCACUGAUGAGGGCCCAGAGAUCCCGGCCCCAGCAUGCCCAGGCCGUGUCCAACUCCUCUGGUGCCAACAGAGGGGCAAAGCACGGCCCCUCCAUGGAGGCAACCCCGCGCUACCGCCGGGCAGAACGGACCUAGAACGGGCCGGGGGGGAGGAAGAAGUGUGGAUUGCAACGGCGCUCGGCGGGGUUAUUCACAUAUGAAUCAUCCACCAGAAAAUUUGCUAACCUUCUUACAGUUCCUGUUGCACAUCACAAACAGAUUUUGAAUGAUCAGACUGCACACUCCUACGCAGCAGAACGCAGUACGUGCACGUUGCCAGUAUUUCAGCUGGUAUUUUCCCAUGCUGCCAAUUUAUUUUUUUUUUAAUUUUUUUCCUAUCAAGAGUAAAGAACGCCAUGAAACUUCUUGCAUUGAUCGCAAGGAGUCUUUUCCACAGUAGGAAUUACUGUACCUGCAUGUCCAACCUGAGAAAAUAUACCAGAAUCCUUAAAACCAACUUUAAGUACCUUAUGCUUGAUCUUGCAGUCCUUAUUUAAGGCUCAGCCUGUAAUCUGAUAAUCUCUCUGUGGAUGCAGCCUAUCCCCUGGGCAGAGGCAGCUCAUCUGAAAUUGAGGUCCUUGCAAUAGGAAUUAUGUUUUGAAACAUCCUUGCAAUGGAAUCUGACGACAGAACAGCGACUAACACAAUAAAGAAAAACCCCAAACAGCUUCAGAAGCCAGAAGAGAUUUAAAAAAAACCCAAACCAACCUGUGAGCACAUUAGAAAAAACAAAAGAGGACACACCCUCGCCCUAGGAUGGGUUUAGUGAACAAUGAGUUUAUACCGUGUAUUUACAGUGUAAAGUGACAUAUCUGUUAGUACCUUUUACAGGUUUUUUUCUUUGCUGCCUGUGAAAUUAAGAAAAGUAGCUGUAGGUUACCAUAGGAAAGUCUUUAAAAAGGAAAGAGCUUUUACAAAUACGACACAAACUUAGUAGGCAAUACACCUGCAUGGUGACACUGAUCAAGUGAAAAUUUCAAGUUGGAGCAACCCGGGGAAAUAAAAGUUUGAUCCAUUACAAAUAAAAUGCACUAAGUGUAAAUCAUUGCUGGCAUAUUUAUAUCAUACCGUGCUUGUGCUAGUUGCUCUGUUUUGACUACAGCACAAUAAAAGGUUUACCUUUAAAAGUUAACUUUGUUCCUACAUCAGGAUUCAUUAGCAGGAAUGCUGUAGGCACAGACUGUCACACCUGAGUUACAGGACGUGCAACCCCUACAAACAGAUUCUGAGUUCAUCUCUACAUAAAAUCACAAAGGAACACUCCGACACAAAAGCCAAUAGUGGCAUUUCAACACUCUUUUGCACUAUCAAAUGACGUAUUUGAAAAUACAUCUCUAAAAACUGCAGAUCAGUGCAGGUAGCAGGAAGUAAUCCUGAAUACACAUUAUUUCUAGUAAGCCACAAGUCAGCUCCUCAGAAAAUAUCAGAAAUGGAGUGCUAACAGAAUAUAGCUCGUUUCAGCUCUCUUUCAGACUUUUAAGGAAAACAAACUACUGCCCUGUAAAGCAAAGAUGAACUUAGUUCUAUAAGCUGUCUUCCAUACUGGUGAACUUGACUUAAAAUAUUAAAAAUAUUAACUCAAUUUGAGGAUUAUAACUCUUCCUCACCUAGACUUACUGUCAUUAAAAUUAAAUAAAAAGGAAGUCUAUGUUCUAUGUGAAAAUAUAUUUCAAAAUUUUGUUACAGUUGUCAAUACCAAACACUGAUAAAUUGCAGAAUUUGUGAUACUUCUUCACAAAUGAUACAGUAAUAGAGACCGGACAGGAAUAAAUAGCAGUUUGUCUUUGACUUCAGGCCCAGAAUCCUUACCCCAUAAAAGUAAAUCUUUCCUCGCUGUACAAAAGGGUUCAACAUGAUAAAGUAUGAAACAAAUAUUUAAAUUAAAUAAUUUACAUAUUUUUCUUAAAGCACCUCUGUAAUAUAAUUUAGUGAAAGUUUAUACCUUGCAAUUAUAUUCUUGUAUUUUACAAAUUGAAACAUGAAGAAAUGGUAUUAAAUAAAAAAAAAAAAUCCCACAAUACAUAAUAUCAAUAAUCUUAGGUCAAACCCACAUAUAAUUUAAAUCUCUAGUAAAAGAAGGACAAUAAAGCUGAUUAAACCUAGAUAAGAAAAAAAUUACAUGCAACUGAUUAUCAAGACAGCAUCUGAGAUAUAACCAAGCACCAGAUCACCUUACAUUUCAACACUUAUUAAAGGAUUAGGGUUUUCAGGGAAGGGCCAGGAUUUGUAAGAACUUAUACUUAAGCAGUGUCACAACAGCUGCAAAUGCAUUUGUUAAAUGUAAUUGCAGAUUUUCAACUAAGUAACAGGGAUGCUUUUCAAGAGAGACAGAGCUGAAAUUGUUCCUCUUCGCCGUACAGGCAGCUACAGCGUCAUCUUCUCCAACUGCUUUGUCUGAGAUGGUGCCUUAAGUUGUCCAGGCUUCCCAUUAGAAAUAAGGAGGAAAUUCAAAUGUAAUAGCAUGUGACCCAGCUCUCGUGAUGAAUAAAUCUCCCCAAGUUUUAGCAGUUUGAAUAAACAAACAAAUGUUUAGAUGCUUAUUAUAAGCUCUUUGAUUUGCAAACUUCUGCUAGCUCUCUCAUGAGAACGGAUUUAGUGCAACUGCUGGUAUUUCCUAAAUCUGUGCGGGCCAGAAAUAAUGCAAAAAAUAUGCUCUUUGGCAAAACUUCAGCUUUCUAGCAGCUGGCUAGAACCAAAGCACAAAGGCACACGGAAGUGGCAAUUAAGUAAAAAAA